GCCAAAUGCCAAUGCCAUGCGGGUUUCCUUCAAGUGGUUUAGUGAUUUUAAGUAGUAUAUUUAGCAAUGUUACAUUAAUAAAAUGAAUGAAAUAACAAAUACUAAACCUUUAGAGGUGACAUCUUCCUUAUUAGAUGCGUUUGAGUUAUUAAAGGCAAACAAAGAUGAUGUGAAACUAAAUGGCGGUGUUAGAAUAAUAUCACGCCUUAUGAACGAUGAGGGUGAUAAAGAAAUACAGUAUGUAUUGCGGAGAGUGGUUAGAAGUCUUGGCGCCAAUGUCCCUGACAUGAGAACAGGACAUUUUGCAAUGCUUGUUGCAUUAUUAACAAACUUUGAACAGAUUUCUGUUUCACAACUAUUUGAACUGAUUAAAAAAGAGUUACAUGCCAAUGGAUCAUCUAAAAGUGAGGUUGGAGAUGUAGCUCUCGGUCAGAUAUUAGUAUGCAGUGCCAUAUUUCGAUCUGGCCGUAUGUUGAAAUGUAAUGAAGAAGAACAAAAACAAAUAUUGACAACAUUAAUGAAAGCCAGUAAUAAAAAAUCUUAUUUGAACACAGCAGCAUACAUUUUAUUAUUAGAUUUUAUCUACAGUCUUGAUGAAGAACAAUUCUCAUCAGUAGUAUGGUCAAACAUCAAAGAGGAUUUUAAAAAAGACUUAAAGGAAUACAACUUGGAUUCACUUUAUUUUCUACUGGUUGCCAGUACUAAGUUUCCGAAAAAAGUUAAAGUAAAGAAAUUACUAUCAGUACCUGAAAUACUGCAUGAAGAUAAUUUACAGAUAAUAUGUGAAAAACUUUUGGCGGGAAUUGACUUCAGUACAGUACAUCAUCCGAUUUAUAAAGAAAUUGGACGACAAAUAGCAAAAACAUCACAUUUAGUACAAUUUUGGGUGACUGGCAUUGACAGCCAACUUACAAAACAUAACAGGAAUAGAGAACUUGUUUGCAUUUCCAUGCUAACUACAAUACUACAAAAUCUAGAUGAAAACGUUGAAGUAAUUCCUGAACUAUUAAGUGCGAACUUUUUUAAACUAUUCAUGGAUUGGUUCAAAGGUUUACAAACGGCCAGUAAGAUUAGAAAUAAACGUGACAAUGAAGAUGACAAUAAAAUAAUGAUAAAAAAGCAAAAAGAACUACUCAAUGCGUUAGCGAAAUCAUUAAAAUCAGAGAAAGUGACAAGUAAAGUGAGAGUUGAGACUUUAAAGAAGGUCUUAUUCAAUCCAGGAGAGAUUAAUUUCUCUGAAGUGACAGGAACUUCUAUAAUUAAAUCUAUUGCCGCUGAUUUAGAUAGCGAUGGUGUGAAAAAGAUAGCUAAGCUGUUAAAAAAUGUACUCAUGAAUACUUCGAAGAAAUUAAUUAAAGAGGAUGUUGAAAGAAAUUGGUAUAAUAAUGAAAGAGUGAAAGCAGCGGAGCUUCUCUCGUUUCUGGUUAGUCAUGAUGCUGUGAAAGAUGAUACGGAAUUUAAAAUUACCAAUAUGAAAUUAUUGAUGUGUUUUGGAUUCUUUAAAAUCGGAGGUGACGAAACUGUUGCAGUAAGCAGUGAGCUAGCAGGUUCCAUCAAGUCUUGCUUUUACAGAUGCUUCUCGUCUCGGUUUUCCAAUGUUGACAACUUAGUAACAGUUUUAUCAUCGUUAUGCAAUUUCAUAUCAACAAUAUUGGAAAAGGAACAAGUCAGGGCAAAAAUUGAAAAGCAAUUUACAACCGAAAAUAUGGAAUGUUGGCAAAUGGUUGCAGAUAUAUGUGAGAAAAUAGAAGAUGUUGAUUCAAAAUCGAAAGUAGAUCAUGUUUUUCUAAUACUACUUUAUCAGUUAGGACUGUUCUUGUUUUCGGAGCCAGCACAUGUUAAAGUUGCUAGCAGUUCUAUAAAGGAAUUGAAAAGCUGCUAUGAACAUUAUAGGAAAGUGAAUUUAAAAGUAAGCAAAAAGAAGCAAGAAACUACAGAUGAUGAGCCUGAAUGGAUAGAAGUGUUGGUUGAAGUGUUACUUUCCAUAUUAUCAGUUGAAUCCAGUGUACUUCGCUCCGUAGUGCAAUGUGCUUUUAGAUUACUCUGGGAGUAUUUAACACCAUCAUCUAUUGGACAAAUAGUGUCUGUUUUAGAUCCAGAAAGUGAAGCAAAUCCGUUAACUGUAGAUAGUGAGUCUGAAGAUGAUAAUAAUGAAUCUGAUAAUGACGAUAAUUCUGACAAUGAUGAUGAUAGUACGGCAAAAAUGAAUGGCGAAUCUGAGGGCAGCGAUGACAGUGGCAGUGAUGGAGAUGACAAUGAUGAUGAUGAUGAUGAUGACGAUGAUGAUGGAGACAUGAAAGUACCAGAUCAAUUAAGAAUGGCAAUACAGAAAGCGUUGGGUGGCGCAGCGCCGGAUACGGACACAGAAAGCAUAGAUGCAGAUGCAAUCAAUGAAGAAGACGGCAAGAAACUAGAUGAUGCUCUCGCCGAAGCGUUUAAACAAUUUCAGCAAGGCAAGAAUAAGAAAUCUAAAAAAGAUCGCAAAGAUAAAAAAGCUUUGUCCGAUUUUAGAGUUAGAGUGUUAGAUUUAAUUGACAUUUAUUUGGAGAAGGAUCCAUCAAUGGAUAUUUGUCUUGCAAUGAUAACGCCAUUAACGAGGUGUUUAGAAUUCUGUAUGCAGGACAAUCAGUUAAUAGAAUUGGAAAAUCGAGUUAGAAAAACUAUAAAGAAUCUGUGUAAAAUUAGAAAAUUCUCAUCCACACAGGAUGUCAGUGUUGACAUAUUGAGUGAUUACUUGAAAUCAAUUAUUGACAAAGGUGGAAGGUCGCAUUUUAUGUUCCAAGCUUUAGGGGAUAUUGUCACUUUCUUUGCAACAUUUAUAAUACAUUGUUCACUUAAAGUGAAGGUCAAUACACCUAAAAAGAAAAAGCUAUCACCAAUUCUUGACAUAUUUAAAGAUGCUCUUCAGAAUUAUUUCCGAAAUCGAAACUGUUUACUUCCAAUAAUAUUCUUCCACAAUGUUCUUCAAACUGAAUGGGAUGAUACAUACGAUCUUGUACCUAUAGUUUUGGAGAAUAUUUUUAACAAAGAUGUUCGCCAUUUCCGACGAAACGAGGGUAUCGAACUUUUGUCUGGAUUUUAUAGAGCACUGAAUAGAAAUAAGCCUUGCUCAGAAACACUUUUGACGAAAUUAAAUAAUAUAGAAAGUGAAUUUGAGAAACAGCUUUCAACUGUUAUAUCACUUGGCGAGGAAUUCAAAGUGAAAACUAAUUUCGUGACGUUAUUAAAAAAAUUGAUUAAUACAAUGAAAGGAUUCCACGAAAGCAGUCGUAUUAAAACAAAUUUGAAUUUUCAAAAUUUAUUUAAUUUGUUAAGUCAAAUAAAGACCACUGGUAAAUGUGAAAAUGUUAAUAAUCAAGCAAAUAAAAAUCAUCAAAACCCUCAAAAAUCUGGUAAAAAAAAGAAAAAUAAAAGAAAACAAUCACAAAACCGGCUUUCCGAACCACCAGUGAAAAAAGUCAAAGCAGAUGUUAACGCGACAGUUAAAUAAAUCUUGACAAUGAUUAUGAUUUUAAUAAAAAAAAAUAAAUUUUUAAA